UUUUAAGACCCACAUCCCAGGUCAACUUCGAUCCUCUCCGGCUAAUCUUUCGUUUACUAUUUGCAGCAGUCACCACUUCACACACCUGUAUUGCACUUGAUUUUUACUCAAACUUUGCAGAUGGAGUAUCCCAGUCUCCCAACGCUUCGGGCGUUCCUGCGGAAAGCACUCCCGUCGACGUCAGCUACAACAAGACCCUUGGCGGGCCAGAUGGCCUUGCGCUGGCACUCAACCUGACAGGCGUUGUGCACGGUCCCAACGGCACGCUGAUCACCGAAAAGGACACCACGACUGUCGGAGGCGCGGACAACUACGAGAAGGUGCACGACAGCAAGACCAUCCUCAGCCCCAGCGAGCUGUCCCUCAACGGCGGCAAGAACACCUUCCUCGACAACAAGAACUCCUCCGCCGGAUGCGGAUGAAGGGAGACGCAUCGCGUGCGACUGGCAGACUGAAACGGAGGCCAGUCUGCGCCAUGGCAGCCGGAGCUCAGCCACAGGAGCAAAGCCUUCUAUGCGGAUUUUCAGCUGCACCAAUUUUCAGGGCAUUUGGAGAGCCAAAAGAAGGCAGACAACGAUGGUGUGGAGGCAGGAGUCGCGUCAGCAUGGUGAAGAGGUGAUCAGUGCGACCUGCACCGCCGCAAACUUCUUAUUUCUGAGCCUUUUUUUGAGACCGCAGAAGGCACCUGUGCGCCCAUAUGACGGCUGGCACCUGCCAACAGCAGCUCUGAAGUACCGUGCAGGUCCCAAUGUCUACUGAGGCUCGGCCUUAAUGGUACAUACUGCCAGCAUUGUUGGCGAUACUCAGUGUCUUGAACAGCAGUUUGAUUCCAAGCCUUUUGAUGCGAUUUGAUAGGUUUCAUGACAGCAUUUUUUCUGCGUCUGGCAUCAAUCUGGAGCAAGUGUCUGUGAUCGAUGGAGAUGAGAUCCUCAGCAGCGCUGCAGUGCCAGCCUGCAGAGGAUCUGACAUGCUGCUUCCUUUCAUGAUCACAUUUUCUACCAGUUGGCAGCCAUUGGAGCGCCUCAUGUUGGUGUGGUCUUUUCGCUGUGUGCUUUUGCAAAAUAUGAGCCCAAGAGCUUUUGGGUAGUGCGCAUACAUAAAAACUUCUGUGUGACAUUGGUAUUCAAGGCAACAGGUGCAGCACCAAUGCAUGCUGAGUCAGCCAGUGCAUUGCAGGGUAGGGGUACAUAGAAGAGGGCCUUAUAAUGAGCCGAACAACCAAAUAUUUGUCAAUGUGUUUACCAGCAGAAUGAAAAAGAAGUUUCCUGCUGGCACCAGCAAGGAAACUGGAAGCGUGUCACAUGGUGUGUUGUCGUAUAGGCUGCAGACUAAUGGAGGCCCGCAGAUGUGGCUGCAGACGCCCUGCGUGUAUGGCCCCUGGCUUUGGGUUUGCCAACCUGUAAUAAUAAUAUCGUGU